GGUAGUGCAGACUCCGGAGGGGCUGCCGGACGACGCAGCGUGCACGCAGGUUGCGGGGUUUGGGGGUGACCCCAGAGGGGCGGACACUCAGGCCUGGUGCGAAGUACUGGGAGAAAUCUGGGAACGGCAACCAGGUCUGGCCCCGGGAUAGAGACUCAGAUCUGGUCCUGCGUUGCGGCCCUGGAGUGGUUGUACCGGCUGGGGAGACCGGGGACAAUCGGUGGUGGGCCGGGAGCCUGUGGGUGGAGCCAAGAUCUGGGGUCCUGGGAGACGGAGACCCAGCCUAGAAUGGAGCAUUCAUAAGCUCUGUGCUAGUGUCUGAUUUGAGGGCCUCAGACCGGUCCCUACAGGUUUUAAGGGUGGGGCUGAUACAUGGGCAUUAAAGGAGUGGCCCAGAGCAGCGGGCAGAGGUAGAUCCUGAGGGAGAAUAUUCAUGGGGGCGUGUCCCAGGCUGCUGCAAGACUGAGAAAGGUGACAAACUAGUCAGGCAACUGGGUUGAACUGCCCAAAGGUGAGCAGUUAGAAGGUUGGAACCUUCUGACGAGCCGGACCAAGAAGGGGCUCAGUCCUGGCUCACCCUCUUCCUGGAGGAAACUCGGCCAGACACCCAGAGGCUGGUCCAGGAGCUGACCACAAGCCAAGAGCCUAGGAGUGCUUGGGACUGAACCAGGGUCAUGGCCCCACCACCACUACUGCCAGUGGCUGCCAGCACUCCAAUCCUGCACGGCGAGUUUGGUUCCUACCCGGCCAACGGCCCACGGUUUGCCCUCACCCUCACAACACAAGCCCUACACAUACAGCGACUACGCCCAAAGCCAGAAGCCCGGCCCCGAGAUGGUCUAGUCUCUCUGGAUGAGGUCUCGGGCUGUGGCACCCUGCAGAGCCGUAGCCCCGAGGACACUGCAGCCUACUUCUGCAUCUACACCUACCCACGUGGCCGUCGAGGGGGCCGGCGCAGAGCUACGCGGACCUUCCGGGCGGAUGGGGCCACCACUUAUGAGGAGAAUCGUGCAGAGGCCCAGCGCUGGGCCACUGCCCUCACGUGUCUCCUCCGAGGAGUGCCUCUGUCAGGGGACCAGGAAAUCACCCCUGAAUUGCUGCCCCGGAAGCCCAGGCUGCUCAUAUUGGUCAAUCCCUUUGGGGGGCGGGGCCUGGCCUGGCAGCGCUGUAUGGACCACGUGGUGCCAAUGAUCUCUGAAGCUGGGCUGUCCUUCAACCUCAUACAGACAGAACGACAGAACCAUGCCCGUGAGCUGGUGCAGGGGUUAAGCCUGAGUGAGUGGGAAGGCAUUGUCACUGUGUCUGGAGACGGGCUGCUUUACGAGGUGCUGAAUGGGCUCCUUGAUCGGCCAGACUGGGAGGAUGCCGUGCGGAUGCCCAUUGGUGUCCUCCCCUGUGGAUCGGGCAAUGCGCUAGCUGGGGCGGUGAACCAUCAUGGCGGGUUUGAGCAGGUUGUCGGUGUUGACCUGUUGCUCAACUGCUCGCUUCUUCUCUGCCGUGGUGGCAGCCAUCCUCUGGACCUGCUCUCUGUGACGCUAGCCUCGGGAUCCCGCUGUUUUUCCUUCCUGUCAGUGGCCUGGGGAUUCUUGUCAGAUGUGGACAUUCACAGUGAGCGCUUCAGGGCCCUGGGCAGCGCUCGAUUCACACUGGGUGCAGUGCUAGGCCUGGCCUCGUUGCAUACCUACCGUGGACGCCUCUCCUACCUCCCCGCUACCACAGAACCAGCCUUGCCCAUCCCAGGCCACAGUCUGCCUCGAGCCAAGUCAGAACUAGUCUUGGCUCCAGCCCCAGCCCCCGCCGCCACCCACUCGCCUCUACAUCGAUCUGUGUCUGACCUGCCCCUGCCCCUUCCCCAGCCUGCCUUGGUCUCCCCUGGCUCCCCUGAGCCCCUGCCUGACCUGUCCCUCAAUGGUGGUGGUCCAGAGCUGACUGGAGACUGGGGAGGAGCUGGGGAUGCACCUCUGUCCCCAGACCCACUGCUGCCUUCAUCCCCCAACGCUCUCAAAACAGCUCAGCUUUCACCCAUCGCUGAAGGGCCCCCAGAAAUGCCAGCAUCUUCGGGGUUCCUGCCUCCCACCCACAGUGCCCCAGAAGCCUCUACCUGGGGCCCAGUGGACCACCUCCUCCCUCCCCUGGGCUCUCCACUGCCCCAAGACUGGGUGACAAUAGAGGGGGAGUUUGUACUCAUGUUGGGCAUCUUGCCGAGCCACCUCUGCGCAGACCUGAUGGCAGCCCCACAUGCACGCUUUGAUGAUGGCGUUGUGCACCUGUGUUGGGUGCGGAGCGGCAUCUCACGGGCUGCACUUCUACGCAUUUUGCUGGCCAUGGAGCAUGGAAACCACUUCAGCCUGGGCUGCCCCCAUCUGGGCUAUGCUGCAGCACGUGCCUUCCGCCUUGAACCACUCACGCCUCGUGGCCUGCUCACUGUAGAUGGGGAGUUAGUGGAGUAUGGGCCAAUACAGGCGCAGGUGCACCCAGGUCUCGCCACGCUGCUCACUGGGCCUGCAGGUCAAAAGCCACAAGCCUGAACGAGCCUAAAAGCAUGGCGAGUUGGUGGAACCAGCGCCCCAUAGGCUAAGAUCUAUCAUUUACAGGUAGAAGUGGGGCCCGCACUCAGAACUGUGAGGAGGGUGGAGAGUGGUCCUGACCCUCAGUUCCCAGAGGACCUAGAGGCUCGAGGGUGGGGCCUGCCUUUCUUGAUGUCCAAUGAUGGGGCCUGGAAUGUAUGAGCUAGCAAGGCUUCUUCAGCUUAUUGACCAGCCAGGGUUUCUUCUUGCCUACUCCGGUGCCUCUACUUGACUGGCCAAUCAGCCCUUGAGGGGCAGGUUCCCCCAGGUGGUCCCCAGAUUUGCACUAAUGUUCCUCCCCUGGCCAGUUAGGGAUGGGAUGUUCUGUGUCUUGUGUGUCCCUCUCCCUAGUCUAAAAAGCAAUUGAAAAGGUCUAUGCAAUAAAGGUUGUUGCUUCCCUCUAGGCCUUCACCCCUUCCACCCGACAUCCCUUUCAGUUAUUGUGGUCCUAUAAGGGUAGCAGCAGCACCCAGCUUGGAUGCAGCCUUGAGUCAGAGCCAGUAGCUGCUUUGUCCGCCACAACAGCUGGCUCCCGGGUUCUCAAGAUUUAUUCAGGAUUGUGUUGAUGGAGGCGGUUGGAUGGAUGGGUUCCCCAACAUGCUAAGAGCACACACAGGACCCUCCCCACCCCCACAAGGGAGGUGGGGGAAGGCUAGCUUUUUCUUAAAAAUAUAAAUGUAUUUGUCUGCAUCAUGACGUUCUUCGGGCACCUAGCUGGCCAGACCACUGGCCAUGGGACAAGGAGGAAGUCAGGUGUAAGUCUGAGCAAGGAACAGGACUCUGCCCUGGCAGGGUGGAGGUGGCCUCACAGUGUCCCAUGCUGGGCCUGGUAGCGUGAAAGCACAGCACGGUAGUGGGACAGCUCCUGCCGCACAGCCACCACCUCCUGCCGCAACAGGGCGUUUUCCUUCUCCAGGAAGGCAGCCCGCACAGAUAUCUGGUUCUCCUUGAGUCUUCUUGCAUCUCUCGACCUCUUGGCUGCUUCAUUGUUCUUGUACCUCCGGCUCCAGUACUUCUCAUCCUGAGGGUGGAGGGGUGAAAGGGGCACUGAGAUACAACAAAAGGAACUCUGCAUAUCUGAUUCUGUACAGCAGUGAGGCCUAAGGGCUAUUGGUCUUUGCUGGGACAGAAACCCAAACUUCUGUUGUCUACUGCUCUGGUUGCUAAGAACAGGUCUCUGGCGGAAAGGUAGAGAAUAAAUAGAUUCCAGGUGCACAUGUGAA